CCUACUUUCAAUCUCAUGGGGUAGUUCUCGUUAUCAAAUCUAAAAUCCAUCUUCCAACAAACAUAUCGGUUCAAGGUGAGUUGAGGGAUCUGCAAUGCAGCUCAGAGGUAUCACAAAUGAAUUUAACUAGCGGUUUUAAAGUUUUAGUCACUCAUUUGUUCCUGCUUACUUUCAGUAGAUGUGUUGUGUAGUUCAAUGUGUUUUCCCAAAGGAUACAACAGAGGCUCUGAUAUGGGAAGUGACUACAGGUACUACCAGUCCCCAGGUGGAUUCACCACCUCCCAGUCAGGACAGAAAACCAAGGGGUUUAUUUGAACCCUGAUGCCAUCACAUAACCCAUAACUGCACAAUGACACAAUGUUGUCUUGGAAUGCAUUGAGCUAGCAUUCCUAUCUUUAGAAAGUAGAUGAGCUUUAGUGUACCAAAUUGUGACGCUUUUCCAAUGACCUGCUGUGACAGAGGUCAGCCCUCCAGAUGAUGUAGUGUCCCAGCUACUGUCUGCCACAGUUGCCAGGGAAGUCUUCAGUGUUGGAGACAUUGAGGUCAACCAGGUGAGUGUUUCUGUUCCACCAGGUGAGUGAGGGUCCCUGUUUGUAGAGAAAGCUAGAGCCCUUUCUCAGUAGGUCUUAUAUCAUGUUUAUCCACCUCUUUCACCAUGAAAUACCUGGUCACACACAAACCGUUGUGGCAGUGUUGCAUUGAUUGCACACUGGUCUGUAUUUGAUUUCUUAAUGAAAUUAACCGAUAUCCUGUACUCUGGACGACAUGACUGGACCACUGUUGGACGUAAAGCUAUGGGUGUACACUGCGGUAAGUAGUUAUAGGUCUUUGUCCACACAUGGCUCAAAUGAAAACUAGGUCUUUGAAAAGUAGGGCAUAAUAUGCUGUUCCCCCAGGGACUUAUGUCAAAGUCUCGAAGUCUGCAUCAUUCAGAUAAAUGUAUUCCAUUCAGUACUUCAAGUCUAGUAUUUGUAUGCAUGAUUAUGGCACAUUUUGUCCCCCUUUAUGUAUCUCCUGCCAGGGCCAAAGGUCAUUGUUGGCUUUCAACCGCUGUUGCCUUGAGGACCUGAAUUAGGUCACCUCACAUGCUGGAGGUAGUGCAGGCCUACAUGCAGCACAACAGGAACCUGUGUAGUGGUGGUAAUGCUGGGGACAGACGCAUCAACGUGCGGGCUGAGUACCAAUCAGAGCCAGGUCUGUUUUUUUAGCCCAGCAGCAGAAAUGACGCCUAGACCAGGGGUACUCAACUCUUACCCCACGUGGUCCGAAGCCUGCUGCUUUUCCUUUUCUACCUGAUAAUUAAUUGCACACAACUGGUCUCCCAGGUCUAAAUCAGUCCCUGAUUAGAGGGGAACAAUUAAAACAUGCUGUGGAACUGGCUUCUAGGUCCAGAGUUGUUUGAGAGGCCUAGACCCUAGCUUCUAAUGCCUGAUUGACUAUAGGGGUGACCUGAACUGUUCUGUUGGUUCAGAUCUUUUUAUUUUCACAUUGUCCUUACCAGCAUAGUUCCAGCAACUAGCGUCAAUGUGUAACCAGGCCAACACAGUACAGCUAAGCUUGGCUAGGCUAAGUAGUGUGAAAAGGAUAUGUCUUGGGGUCGGGGUUGUUUCUGGAUAAGGCCUCGGUAUGCAGUUUCAUUCUAAGGCUGUCCAAUUCUGAGAUUUCUUUUCACUAAUUGGUAUUUUGACCAAUCCGAUCAACUCGUAAAACGAUCUGACAUGAUUUAUCAAAAGAUCAAUUAGUGGAAAAAAUCAGAAUUGGUGCUGCCAGUGUAUACACAUUCUUACAUGGCUUUAUUUCUCUUCCUGUAAGGUGUUGAAUCUGCUUGAGCUGCUCAGACUCAAAAGCCCAGGGGCAUCAGUCAACAGGAGCUACACAUUAAGCAGGAUUACCUCAGCAUGACUGUCAUCAAGUAACGGAUGUGCUUUCUUUAUUUGGAUGUGUUUAGUAGGGGGGAAAUGUUUUAAAUCGUAGAGAAAUGGGGAGUUUUGGUCUUAAUCCUUCGCCUUUUAGUCCAUGUAACCAGUCCUUGGAGUUACUAAUUAGUGAAGGCCACAUUUUGUCCACCAUUGGCAAGCAUUUCUGGUCCACUACGGGCUAGAGAAUGUCUUCUGUUGUUUCAGGUCCACUUACAUGAAUGGCUAUUGGAAUUUGUUUAAUAAAACAGAACAUUUUGGUUUAUCAACAUGCAUGACUGAUACUUGUGAUGGGACCAGUUCUUUAGAAUGUAUUUGUUUAUUUAUUAUUUACACUCAUAGGGAGAUUUUGGUGAAUGUGUUGACUGUGCCCUUGUUUUAUUUUGUUUGAGGUCCUCAAUGGUAUGUGACAGUUGAUGCACAGUGUAAAAUGUUGAUUGGCUAAACGAAUACUUGCAAUGAAAAUAAAUAAUUUUGCUGUCUUGAUUAGUAAUAUAAUCAACAACAUGGUGACAAACUUCAAAAUAACAGGCUAAUUUUCAAUAAAGUAUUUCAUCAUAAACUACGAUACCCAGCUUUCUACAGACUAACCUGAAGUCCUCACUUUCCCAGCAUUCACUAGUACACGGUGUAAGAUGGCAGCAAACUCAAGCACUAACACACCUCUUUUUGACUGCCCGUCAUGGGCAGGGAAACCUCCCUCUGGACUCCAUCUAGAUGUUGUGAAGGGAGACAAGCUAGUAGAGAAGCUAAUCAUUGACGAGAAGAAAUAUUAUCUGUUUGGGCGGAAUCCAGACGUGUGUGACUUCACCAUAGACCACCAGUCGUGUUCGCGUGUCCACUCAGCCCUGGUCUACCACAGACACCUCAAGAGGGUUUUCCUGAUCGACCUCAACAGCACUCAUGGUACGUUUCUCGGUCAUAUCCGUCUGGAGCCCCACAAGCCCCAGCAGGUGCCCAUCGACUCCACUAUGUCGUUCGGGGCGUCCACACGGGUCUACACCCUGAGAGAGAAGCCCCAGCCCCAGAUCAGCACCAUACCUGGGGGAGAGGUGAAGGCAGGGGAGGAUGAGGAGCUCAAAGGACUACUGGGUCUACCUGAGGAGGAGACCGAGCUGGAGAACCUGACAGAGUUCAACACGGCCCACAACAAGCGUAUCUCCACCCUGACCAUUGAGGAUGGAAACCUGGACAUCGUGAGGCCCAAGAGGAAGAGGAGGAGCAGCAGGGUCUCCUUCAGCGAGGAGGAGGAGGUCAUCAACCCAGAGGACGUGGACCCGUCCGUAGGGCGCUUCAGGAACAUGGUACAGACUGCUGUUGUCCCUAUCAAGAAGAGGAAGAUGGAGGGUCAUGCUUCACUAGGUCUGGAGGACUCUGUGGCCAGACGCAUGCAGAACUUCCCCUUCAGUGGAGGGCUCUAUGGAGACCUCCCACCCACCAGUGGAGAGGCCGGCUCCCUCCCCGCCGCGGCCCAGGCUGGAGCUACUAUCCUUGGGGGCCUGCCGCUGGUCUUCCCUAACCCUGCUCCAGAGGUGGACCUCUCCCCCACCUCAGCACAGCCCUCCGUCACCCUCAACCCUGCUGCUAACCCUGCCCCUGGACCAUACACGGCCGAGGCGCUCAACGAACCACGCAAGAAGAAAUACGCCAAGGAGGCGUGGCCAGGGAAGAAGCCCACGCCUUCUCUUCUGAUAUAGGUCGUAUUCAAAAUGGCACCCUAUUUCCCUUAGUGCACUACAAAGUUAAUGCACUAUAUAAGGAAUAGUGUGCCAUUUCAAAUUUGCACAUAGCACCUCCCUGGACAAUGUAAUGGGAGGGGUUAGUAUUAGUUAGGAGAGUGGUUACAUCUCUGAACAACCAAUCAAUCAAAACUUCCUGUACUGUACAAGCUGUGACAAAGGGAUAUAUAAGCAACCCUGAUAUAGGGAGACGUUUGUAAAAAAUAAUAUAUUAUUAUGGUUUGGAUGUUUUUGUUGUUGUUGGUCUGUCUGCUUCAAAUGUAUAUUAUAACAUGUUUUUUAUUGCUCAUCUCACUUGUACUGACAAAGUAGUGUCUGUCUGAGCUCAGAUUAUAAUACUAUUUAAACUAAUUUAACCUAUACACAUACGCAGGCUUCUUGAAGCUUAUCAUACGACUUACUGUGACAGAUUGGUGCAUCUGAACCAUUUGUUUUACAGGUUUAUUUAUUCUAAACUAAAUGAAACACCGCUCUGUUACAAAAACAAUCUUAGAAAUUUGCUAUUCACUCUGAAUUUGUGGAUAUUUUAAGUGCCGUUGGUUUCACUGAAAACCAUGUUACUGUCAAGACAGGGUAACGUUAACCAGACAAAGUCCGCUAGACAUUUUAGUAAUCCACUCAGACAAGGCUAUGAACUGAGGGUCAAAAUUGUCUUCAAAGAAAUUAGGAAAAAACAAACCAGUUUGUGUGUGAGACAGUCGUUAUGUUUUUGCUAUUUUUAUACAGUUAUUCGGCAGUUGGUUGAAAUGGAACCCAUUAUUGGCAGAUAUGUAUGAAAUUCAGGUAAGAAGAAUACAUUUAAAUGUUUAAACAGUGACAUGAUGGUAAUUACAAUUCAUAUCUUUGUUUGAUAUUUGUAUAAUAAACAGUAAUAAUCCAUACUCCUCUCUCUGCUGUGUGAGAUGAGAUGAUGGUGGGAAAGGAGGAUUCGUUUAGUCCCUAGAGAAAUCUCCCACUGGGUCUCUGCUGUGUUGCUUUCAUGUCCCCAGUUUUACCUUUUUACUUUACAUGACACCAUCUACUGAGAAAGCUCCUGGGAUGGCUAAUUAAGAGAUUUUUCAGCUAAUUAAUGGAUUUUUCAGCUAACUGAAUGUGAUUGUCUGUUCUGGGAACACGUCAAAUGUGUCAGUAGCUCUCCCAAGGUGAUGAGUUUUACUCAUGUCUCUCUUUUUGUUUCUGAUUAUUACUUGUGGGUUUGUUAUAAAGCAAAAACAAAAGCAAUCUGUCCUCAAAACCAAUCUGUAGUUUUAUAGGAGUAAGAAUAAAUCAAUUAAA